AACGAAGAAAAAGGACGUAAGAUUUAAAGAGAAAUUUGGGAAGAAGACCAGAUGAAGAACACAUGGUGGCUGUGUGUUUGUGGGCUGUGUAUUGCAAUUUUACUUCCUGUUAGCUGGCAAAUGGUCCUGAAAGAUUCGACUAAUGAGUCAAGGUGGAAAUCUUAUGAAAGAGAAAGUGCCCAUAGCUUUUCUUCCAAUGUCAAGCGACAUUCUGAAGGUACUUUUACCAGUGACUUUACCAGGUAUCUGGACAAGAUGAAAGCCAAAGAUUUUGUGCACUGGCUCAUCAAUACCAAACGCUACAGCUCUACAAAAAGAUUCAUUAAAGAAAAACCCAACAGCAUAAGUUUCCUUCCUGGCUUCUUCUGGUAA